AUGACGACCGCCGCACGACGCGGAACCACCCCAUCACUGCCACCACCACACCCGACCAGGACUACCAUAACUUCCACCGCGAGUUUCCGGCCGACUACCGGGACGGGAUUGGGUGGAUGA